GUCAAGCUGGCCACAGACGUCCUCUCAGGUUCCUACAGGAGCGUGCGAAGUGGCUCAGUGCGUAAAGACGCAUGGAUAAAACGCACCAAGGAGCACAUCCAGCACUGUCUUCCUGGUGACCUCCGUCUUUUUGGAGCUCAGGGGCAUGGAGAGACCCCAGGCGGGCAGCGUGGAGACCCCAGCGUCACCCUCCCGCAGACAUCGGAACUAAAGUUCGACAGUCUCUUCUCAUGAGAGGGCAGCAGGAGUUCAGGAAAUCCAGAAAAUGACAUCGUGGGCUCGAGAUAAAGGAUAAAGUGAAGUCCUCAUCAUCGCCGUCAACAUGGGACACGGCCACUUGUUCUCCACCGGGACCACCACCCUCUGCUCGCUGCUCCUGUGUCACUCAGUUCUCUGCUUCGACAAGACUCACUCACAUGCUGAGGAUGACCUCUUCAAGAGGUUAUUUGCUGGUUACAACAAGUGGUCCCGACCAGUGCCCAACAUCUCUGACGUGGUUAUUGUCAAGUUCGGCCUCUCCAUUGCUCAACUGAUCGACGUGGAUGAGAAGAACCAAAUGAUGACAACCAACGUGUGGCUCAAGCAGGAGUGGAAUGACUACAAGCUUCGCUGGACACCCUCCGAGUACGAUAACGUCACGUCCAUCCGGGUGCCAUCUGAACUCAUCUGGGUCCCCGACAUUGUCCUCUACAACAACGCCGACGGGGAGUUUGCCGUCACCCACAUGACCAAAGCUCACCUCUUCCACACCGGCAAGAUCCGCUGGGUCCCCCCGGCCAUCUACAAGAGCUCCUGCAGCAUCGACGUGACCUUCUUCCCAUUCGAUCAGCAGAACUGCAAAAUGAAGUUCGGCUCUUGGACGUACGACAAGGCCAAGAUCGACCUGGAGAAGAUCGAGAACACGGUGGACUUGAACAACUACUGGGAGAGCGGGGAGUGGGCCAUCAUCAAUGCAGUGGGGACAUACAACACUAAGAAGUACGACUGCUGCCAUGAGAUCUACCCGGACAUCACCUACUUCUUCAUCAUCCGCAGGCUUCCUUUGUUUUACACCAUCAACCUCAUCAUUCCGUGUCUGCUCAUCUCCUGCCUCACCGUUUUGGUCUUUUACCUGCCGUCCGACUGCGGCGAGAAGAUCACGCUGUGCAUCUCGGUGCUGCUGUCCCUCACCGUCUUCCUGCUCCUCAUCACCGAGAUCAUCCCCUCCACGUCGCUCGUCAUCCCGCUCAUCGGCGAGUACCUCCUCUUCACCAUGAUCUUCGUCACUCUCUCCAUCGUCAUCACCGUCUUCGUCCUCAAUGUGCACCAUCGCUCCCCCAGCACCCAUAAAAUGCCCCGCUGGGUCCACUCCGUCUUCUUGGACCUCAUCCCUCGCUGGCUGUUCAUGAGGCGGCCGGUGCCCAGCGGUCGGUGUCGCAGGCUGCUGUUGCUCCAGCGCCAGGCCGCUCUGGACCGAUGCCAGAGUCGGGUCCUCCACAGAGGCUGCCUCAGCACCUCCGCGAACUGGCUGAGCGAUGGCUUCAAAGUUGAGGACCCUGAGAAGACUUGCUACGAACAUUUAGAGCUGGGAACUCUAGCGACCUACUUUUCCUUCAGACCUCCGUCCCCCAGACCUCCAGGGUCUUCGCCGCCGCUGAUGAAGAACCAGACCCGACAAGACGGCUCUCUAGGGUGUGGCAGGCAGCAGGCCGGAUCCAGGGUCAGUCUCACUCAGGCCACUGAUGUCGACAAGGCAGCGCCUGACUCAGCCAGCCUGCUGUCGCCAAGUGUUCUUCGGGCGCUGCAAGGAGUUCACUACAUUGCAGACCACCUGAGGGCCGAGGACGCUGACUUCAGUGUGAAAGAAGAUUGGAAAUACGUUGCCAUGGUAAUCGACCGGAUCUUCCUAUGGAUGUUUAUUAUCGUGUGUUUGCUCGGAACCAUUGGGCUCUUCCUGCCACCCUGGCUCGCUGGCAUGAUCUAACACCUGAGGGGUUUGAGGGGUGAUGGAUUCCUCUGUCGCAGGCCUCGGGUGAAAUGCUGCUGUAGCAUUUGCAUGGUGACAUAAGAAGAGGCGAAAUGAUGUCAUUAUUUAGUGAAUACAUUUUGUAGCAUGUUACAUGCGGGGGCUUUUUAUUUUGUGUUUGUCAAAAUAUAUACUGUCGUCAUGGAAUAUUCAGUGAAACGUUCAGGUGUCGCUCAAAAACGGAUUAAAUCAGGUGUUUAUAAAUGUGCUGAGUCAGCAAGUGCAACUAUGGCAGCUUCUGUUACGAUAACUGAAAAGAACGGCAGGAUAGAACAAGAUAGAACAAGUUGAACUGGCUUUUUUUUUUUUUUUUAAUGGAGAAAAUACUUUUUUUUGUUUGUUUUUCCGAACUCCAACGACGGCUCUUCUACCACU